AUGCAAACCCACCUGAACGGGACGAUGUCCGAGAGGAUGGAUAGUUUGGAGUCUGUCGACGGCUCAGGACCCACCUGGAUGAUGCUCGUUUACCAUCUACCAUUCUUGCUACAAGUCGGCUUGCUCCACCAGAAGUUCCAGUCCAAGGCGUUCGAACGACAUCGCGACUCGUUCCGGCUGAUCAGGCUUGGUCUGAUCCCGAUCAAUGUCCUCAUGGGCUUUGAAAUCAUGCGCAAGUUUUGCUUCUACCCCUUGACGAGACGAGGGCCAUUGAAUCUCCAGUUCGCAUGCUGGGUCGCCCAUCUGGUCAUGAGGUCGAUCGAGUGGGGAUUCGUCUCAACCUCUCCAGGCGACCCGACUUUCCAACUGCACCCCGACUUUCGCCCUCAUCAACCCCUCCAGUCAAACGAAAAGCCCCCCGAAAACCCUCAAGCGGAUCCCGGAACUGAUGCCGAAAACGAAGAGUCGGCGCACAGCUACAAGGAUGUACUGCUUUGGUCAAUCAAUCAACUCACAUCCUUAAGGGGAAUCAAUUACAUCUGGGGAGGGGGCAGACGAAACCAAGAGAAGCCAACCCUGUUGCAAACCCUUCGACGAUUUCUCAUCUGUCACAUUUGCCAAGUAAUCGGGCUUGUUCCAUUGGUUAUGAUGAGAGACCAUGGAUCGCCAACGAACGCGCUUCUCGCUCUAGGGAUCCCGAAUUUCUUCGGGCUGAGGAUAAUCGCCGAGGGACUGGGGACGCUCGCAUGGGGACUGUUAUGCGUCUAUGGGAUGGAGUUCGGGUUCUGUUUGCUGGUGAUAAACGCCCAUCUGAUCAAUCUGUUUUCGGAAUAUAUCUUGGAGCUACCGAGUUGGUUCAUGCAGUGGUGGGACCUCCGCCUGUUUGUGCCUCUCUUCCGCUCGCCUCUCACCGCCAAGUCCUUGGCUUCGCUUUGGGCCUCCAACUGGCAUCAGGUCUAUCGUCGAAGUUUCUACUUCGUAGGUGUCGUCCCGGCCACUAGAUUGGCUGAUAGGCUCGGCAUGGGUCUUAAGGCUCAACGGCUCUUUGGCCUGCUUGGGGCCUUCAUUGUCAGCGCCAUUUUCCACGAAGUUGCCAUUAGCUGGGUAGCUCGUCCCGCCCAUCCAUCGCCAUACCAAUUCUUCAACUCUUUCCCCGGCUCGUUAUUUUACUUCUUGAUGCAGCCGGUUGGGAUUCUGAUCGAGCCUUGUGUGAUACCAUUGAUACCCAAAUGGCUUGGGGGAGGAUCGCUGUGGGUCUUGGUCUUCACACUCAUCACCGCACAACAGUUCAGGAAUCAAUACGCCUUCCAGAAUCGCGUCAUCGAUGAUACCUACCCUCCUUUCAAAGACUGGCCGAUAUCUGGAAUCCUUUGGCCCUCCAGCAUCAUGCAAAAAUAA